AUGAAGAAAGAACUGAAAAUCGCCAUCGUUGGUGGCGGUAUCUCCGGCUGCACGGCUUACCUGCAGCUCAAAAAACAUCUACCUGGAAAUCACGACAUCACCAUCUACGAAGCUUAUAGUACAGCCAAAAAUGCCACACACACAGACUGGCAAGAUGGCCCGACACACUCAUCCACUCUAGUCGUGGGCGGCGGUCUUGGCCUCGGCCCCAACGGCCUGCACGUUCUUCAGCGCCUAGAUGAGAAUCUGAUCCGCGACAUCGUGCGAAGCGGCUAUGUCAUCUCGCACGGCAACAUGAAGGACAAGAACGGGCGUCUGCUCGUCCGCAUGGAUACCACAGCUGAUCCUAAAUCUUCACCGGUCAAUCAAUCCACGCAUGUCCUUGGCUGCAGUCGUCACGCGCUCUGGCGGUGUCUGCGCGCCCGCAUUCCAGACCGCGAUGUUGUCUGCAGGCGUAUUGAGGGGAUCAUUGCGAAUCCAGAUGGACGGAACGUGAUCACUUUCGUUGGCGACGUCAAUACUGCUGAAGCAGACCUGGUCAUCGGGGCUGAUGGGCUCAAGAGCACCGUCAAACGGGCGUUGUUUCCUGAGGCGGAGGAUCCAUAUCCGCCUCGAUAUGAAGGUCUAGUUGGUAUAGGCGGCUUCGUCCCCGCCAACCAAGUCCGCGAACACGUCGAGCCAGGCUCCAUGAACUUCAUCCUAGGCGGCAACGGCUUCUUUGGGUACUUCUUUGCUGAAAGUGAUCCUGCUGCACCGCACCGGGACUCGCCAUAUUAUGUCUCUGAGCCAGGGAAGUCUCUCGUCUGGUGGUCGACGUACUCAGCAGACGAAUGUCCCGACCCCAAAGCUAUGAACAAAGACGACGUCGUGCGCCAGCUGCAGGAGCGGCACGCUGACUGGAAGGACCCCGUUAUCCAGACGAUCCUGCAUUCCCUGCGUGUCAGCAACAUGUACCCAACAUGGACAUCACCAGCUUUGCCAAAAUGGGAACGCUUCGGGGUCGUUCUCGUAGGCGACGCAGCACAUGCCCUACCACCAACAUCAGGGCAGGGAUCCUCACAAGCAUUGGAAGACGUAGAAGCACUUACCAUGUUCCUGAAGCACUACCUGAGCAGAAUCGACGAUAAAUAUGCAAAUACAAACGAUUAUGGACUGGCCAUCCGAAGAGCAACAAAAGAAUACGAACAACUCCGCCAACCGCACGUCGCAAACAUCCUGAAGCGAGCGCAGCAGUCGCAGAACUCAAAACGCACCAUGGGCUGGAUUGAGGAGUAUGCAAUGUACUGGUUCAUGUGGGUAUUAGGCUUCUUUCCCGGGUGGAUGACCGGGCCGGUGCAAGCCGAGUACAAUUACAAUGUUGCGGAGGAUGUUGAGCGGCGAUUGCGAUAG